AUAAGUAUAAGUUAGAAAGAGAGUGCUUUCUUCGGAUCUGUCAUGGUGAAGGUCUUCGUAUAUAAACCACUGACCGCUCUGAAAUUGUCAGUGAAGUUCGCCUCACUGGAAAUACCACCCAAAUCAUACAAGCAAAUAUGUUCCGAUUUUUACUGGUAACGGUCGCUCUGGCCACGGCGAAGGCAUCGCACUACUCCUCCGGGGGUCACGGCCUUUCCGUACAGCCUAAAUUCCUCUCGCAGUCCGUUCAUCUCCAGGAAAUUCCCACAAAGGUCAUCAGGAUCACAAAGACUGUCGCCAUCAAGGUGCCCGUGCCCUAUCCCGUCAAGGUUCCGCAGCACAUCCCGGUACCGGUACCCGUAAAUCAUCCAGUCGCAGUUCCGGUUCCGCAGAUCGUAAAGGUGCCCCAUCACGUUCCGAUCGAGAUAUCGAAGCCGGUACCCUACGAGCUUCAGCAACAGGUCCCCGUUGUCGUCUCGAAGCCGAUACCUUUCCCUCAACCGGUACCGGUACCACAUCCGGUGGCCAUAAACAAACCAGUAUUUUACCCGGUACCGCAUGCAGUUCCUUAUCCCCAGCACAGCGAGCCGACCGGUUACGGAGGCGGAUACGGCGGCGGUGGCGAUGAAAGCAGCGGACACGAGGGGCAGAGCUAUAGUUCCUACGCCGUCGAAUCUCAAGGGCAAAGUCACGGCGGUGACCAGGGUGGUUACGGGAACGAUAACUUCCACGGAUCUCAACCGGACUACUCCUCCCAUCACUAGAUCGUCAUUGAACGUCAUUGAUUAAGGGCAAUAUUAUGGCGACGGUAAUUUGAACCUCCGAUGCCUUCGCCCCAACCAAAGUCAUCGUUAAGUUUUUACCUUUUUUUUUUAACCCCAUUGUUGAUUCGUCCUUGUUUUAUACCCUUCCAUUUAUUUUUCUAAUAAAACUAUAGUGCGUUUUUAGCAUUUGUAAAAUAUUGU